AUGACAUUAUCUAUUGAAAAAAGAGAAAUGAUUAUAAAACUUCACCAAGAAGGUUUUAGUCAUUCAAAAAAAGCAGAAUUAAUUGGUUGCAGCUUAUCAACAAUUAAAAAUAUUAUAAGAAAUUAUGCAUUAAAUGAUUCACUUGAACCUAAAAAACCUCCAGGUAGAAAAAAAGUAUUGGAAGAUAGAAUUGAAAGGGUUAUAAAAAAUUUACUAUUGAAUGGGACAUGUCAUACUCUUGGGCAAGUUAGACGUUAUCUUUCCAAGAAUUAUAAUGUACUAGUUUCCAUUAACACCAUUAGAAGGUCCCUCCAACGUCAAGGUAUUACAUUAGAAGGUUUGAAAUUUCAAAAAUAUGCAAUAUUAUUUUUAUAA